CCGCUUUCCCCGCGUGUGCGGACGGCGGGAGGCAGGACCGGGAGUGCCUUGGCCAAGGUCACUCGGGUGGGACCGGAGAGGCGCCCGAACUCAGGGCUCGGCGCUUGGAGGAGGGCUGCCGAUCGGCCUCGGGGCCGCCCUCGCCCGGCUUGAGGUUCCUUUCGGAUGCUUUCUGUUGACCCUCCGGGAGAGCGUCCGGGGAGAAAGUGGUGUCAGGUUGAAAGCGCCCUGCCGGUCGUGGUCCUCCCUGUGCUAGAAUCUCUGCGCUGCUCGACACCCCAGCAGAGCCUUGACACAGGGCCGAGGAAAUUCAGAAGGCUGAUUUGCUGUCUGGGGCCAAGUCCCGAGGACAGUGUAAUGUUCAAGCUCAGAAAUGCCUUAUGUGGAUCGACAGAAUCGCAUUUGUGGUUUUCUAGACAUUGAGGAAAAUGAAAACAGUGGGAAAUUCCUGCGGCGGUAUUUCAUCCUGGAUACCAGAGAAGACAGUUUUGUAUGGUACAUGGAUAAUCCACAGAACCUUCCUUCAGGAUCAUCACGGGUUGGAGCCAUUAAACUGACCUACAUUUCAAAGGUUAGCGAUGCAACUAAGUUAAGGCCAAAGGCAGAGUUUUGUUUUGUUAUGAAUGCAGGAAUGAGAAAAUACUUCCUACAAGCCAAUGAUCAGCAAGACCUAGUGGAGUGGGUGAAUGUCUUGAACAAAGCUAUAAAAAUUACAGUACCAAAGCAGUCAGACUCACAGCUGGCCUCUGACAGCCUGAGUCGCCACGGUGACUGUGGCAAGAAGCAAGUGUCUUACAGAACUGACAUUGUUGGUGGUGUACCCAUCAUCACUCCAACUCAGAAAGAAGAAGUAAACGAAUGUGGUGAAAGUGUUGAUAGAAACAAUUUGAAACGGUCACAAAGCCAUCUUCCUUACUUUGCUCCUAAACCACCUCCAGACAGUGCAGUUAUCAAAGCUGGUUAUUGUGUGAAACAAGGAGCAGUGAUGAAAAACUGGAAGAGAAGAUAUUUUCAGUUGGAUGAAAACGCAAUAGGCUACUUCAAAUCUGAACUGGAAAAGGAACCUUUGCGGGUAAUACCACUUAAAGAAGUUCAUAAAGUCCAAGAGUGCAAGCAAAGUGACAUAAUGAUGAGGGACAACCUGUUUGAAAUUGUAACGACGUCUCGAACUUUUUAUGUGCAGGCUGAUAGCCCUGAAGAGAUGCACAGUUGGAUUAAAGCAGUCUCGGGCGCCAUCGUAGCACAGCGGGGACCUGGCAGAUCAGCAUCUUCUGAGCAUUCCGGCUGUCAUUCAGAAUCCAAAUACAUUGUCCGUCCUGCCGGGGCAGCAGCAGCCACCUCACAUUCCCCAGCCUCUCGCAGCCACUCUUUGGUCUCAAGCUAUACCAUGGAGAAGCGAGGAUUUUACGAAUCUCUUGCCAAGGUCAAGCCAGGGAACUUCAAGGUCCAGACUGUCUCUCCAAGAGAACCAGCUCCCAAAGUGACUGCCCAAGCUCUGCUCAGACCUCAAAGUAAAAACGGCCCUCAGGGAAAAGAUGGUGAGCCAGUGGACUUAGAUGACGCCAGCCUGCCAGUCAGUGAUGUGUAAGGUGGGACAUGUGGUCUGCCUGCCCGCUCACCCCUCAGUGUCCUUUCAUGAGGCUUCCAGCCAAAGAUGACAGAGGUGAAUGAUUCAUGCAUAUACUAAUACUGCCUCUUGGGUGCACUCUGUACGCUGGCAAACCAAGAAUCUAAGGAGUGGCCAAGUUAAGAAAGGAAGAAAAAAGCUACGUCCGUAUUGACUGUCUGAAGCUUUAUAUGUAUGGGUGGUAGAAAUGUGUGUGAUUUUUUUUUUUUUCCUGUUGACUUUGAAAUUUUAAAUAACAAUUUAAAACAUUAAAAUUACUUUAAAAAAUGGUAA